AUGAGUAACGUACGACCCCUCGUUGUGGAAGAAGCAACGGAGACGUCUUUCGAGGAAAUUGAGUCUACGUUUGAUAUAGGAAUGCAUGACAGGCCUAUUGAAUUGCAGAGUUAUUUUAAAGUGGAUCGAAAGGCGAAUUAUCCGAAGUUAACGAUAUCAGCGAUUAACAAGGGAUUUCUUGAGGCUCCUGUACCGUCAACGAUCUCGUCUUCAGGAAGUACCACGCUUUCCAACAAGGACAUCAAGAGGUAUUCUACAUAUACGGAAAGUGAUGAGGAGGAGAUAUUAGAUGAUUUUGUAGAAUUCAGCACCAAUGAAAAGGUUGAUGACUGGCUUCAGCACAAGGGACGUGAUUUUGAUUUGGAUGUUUUUAAGGAGAACGAAGGAGAGGAUGAAUUACUUGAACUACAAGAGCAAUUGGAACGGCGACUUACGUUUCUAGAUUCAAAUGAGUCGGUGAAGAGUGUGCCUAGCAACCCUUUUAGAAGUUCUGUGACCAAUGGCCAGAUGCCACCGCAGGUGAAACCGGCGUUGAACUUUCUAAGCGGCUACCCUUCAGACACUCUUCAGAGAAGCCCGAAGCCCAAGGUUAUGCAAGGUGCUAACUCGAAGAGCUUUACUCGUUCGCUGACGAGUCGGUCGGUUUUGAAUCUGAGGUCGAAUGGUAAAAACCGUGAGCUGUCUGAGCACAGGUUAAACUACAAAAAAUCCAUGCCUAUCUUGUCACGCAACAAAAACAGCAUCCCGGAGGAAGACGAAGAUAAAUAUUCGGGUGAUAACAUAGUUAGAAACCAGCAAGUGCACAGGAAGCACCAUUAUAACAAGGAAAGUGAGAUAACCCAUACCGAUUUCGCCACAGUUUCCAACAAGAACGAGUUGAAGCUAGAACUAGGGCCUGUAAAGCCUCAAUUUGUGAUACAUGAUGAAGAUCCACUGAAUCUAUCUCCCACUCAGUAUACCAUAACAAGAGAUGACACUCUGCUCACUCCGCAACUUCAUAAAGUUCAGAAAAAGCAUAAAAACCUGGAUGAGUUUAAGGAAGUAGACCACAGGAAGCCUAAGACCAAACCCAAGAAGAUCUCUGCCUGUUACAGACUGAAAACUAUCAAACAAGAGAUUGAUCACAAUACUCCAAUGAAGUCAGGAAGGAUGUCAUACAACCCUAAAUUGAUGAAGUGGGAAGGGAAUGAAGAGAUCUUGGACAGAUUUAAGAUUCUUGAUAAAAUGGAUAGUAACAAAGCUUUAUUGAUCACAAAAAAUCGUCACAAACUGACAUCACCUGCAAGAAUAAUCAAUACAGGUUCUGUAUCCAGCAACCGAGAUGGAAAGAUCGUGGGCAAAAUGAUAUUCGACGAAGAAAACUUAAGAUGGCUAAGUUUAGAAGGCCGAGAAUUCGAUCCAUUUAUUGAUAUCGACGAGACAAUUAAAUCGAAACCUGUACCUCAAGAUCAUCUAUCACCACCUCCUGUAAAAACGGUCAAGUUUCAACGCUCACAAAGCCAGCUGACCGCCCCCCAGCGCCCUGCAGCAAAAGCUGAAAGAUCCUCUACUAUAAGAUAUCACUCCCUUCACACCUACACCGCUAAAAACCCCAUUUUCCAAAUAAACAGUCGUUCGCUCGAGAAGUUCUAUCAUGAGGAAAACAGAUGGUCCAGAAAGAUUGGAGGUUGGUUCACCUCUGACUCUACAGAAAACAGUAGGUCCAAUAAGACCGAACCCUCUACUAAAGACGGAUCGGGAUCCUACAUGUACGAGAUUCGCAACAUGGUUAUGAAUUCCGCACGAAAUUAA